ACUCGCCGUCUGGGGCCACGAACUCCUCCAGGUACCGAGUCACCGCUCGGAAAAGACGUCAGCGAGGGUGGAGCGCGCGCACGUGCCGCCACAGUACGAGACGCUCGGCGCGCGCUGGAGCUCGUGGAAAGCGGAAAGUGGUGGCUGAGUUUCGUACCGACCCACGCGCUCUGGCCGCUUCUGGUACGCGCGCAGAUGUGUCCAGCGGCUGGUCGCGGAUCAGGGCUGGACACGAUGAGCUGUGUGAGGGCCGCAGGUGCGCUGAAGCCGCGCGCUUGUCCUGCCGCUCCGCGCCGCUGAGCCUCCUGCAUGAUGAUGAAACUCCCCACGCGCGCGCGCCUCCUCCUGCUCCUCAUCCUCACAGGUCUGUUCAGCGCGUUCCACCUGCCCAGCGUGACAGGCACCCCCCUCAUGAUGGACCCCAACAGCAUCUGCAGGAGGAGCAAGACGGCAGGCGGCGCUCACGCUGAGCUGUGCCAAACGAAGCCCGAGAUCAUCCAAGAAGUGUCCAAGGGCGCGCGGCUUGGCAUGCGCGAGUGCCAACACCAGUUUCGCCAGCACCGCUGGAACUGCACCAGCCACAGCAAGAGUCUGGGCAAGAUCAUACUGCAAGAUAUUCGGGAGACGGCGUUUGUAAAUGGGAUCACAGCUGCAGGAGUGCUACAUGCAGUGACGCAGGCCUGCAGCCAGGGGGACCUGCUAGAGUGUGGCUGUCUGACUCUGAAGAUCUCUCCCAGAAGCCCCCUUGAGCGGGCCGUAGACCACACGGCCAGCCAAAUCCCUGCGCUCCAGGACCAGCGCUGGGAGUGGGGUGGCUGCGGGGACGACGUGGACUUUGGUUACGAGAUUUCCAGGCAAUUCAUGGACGCCCGGAGGCGAAAGAGCAAGAGUGACAUCAGGACCCGGAUUGAUCUGCACAAUAAUGAGGCAGGAAGACUGGCUGUAAAGACCCAUAUGCGGACUGAAUGUAAAUGCCAUGGUCUGUCCGGCUCCUGCACGCUCCGCAGCUGCUGGAGGAAGAUGCCUCUGUUCCGGCAGGUGGGCGACCACCUCAUGGAAAGCUACCACACGGCAGUCCGAGUGAUGGGCAGCAACGAUGGUAAAUCCCUCGUUCCCGUGGAGCCGGAUAUCCCACUGCCGGGAGCCCACAGCCUCAUCUACUCGGACGAGUCGCCAGACUUUUGCUCGGCUAGUCGCAGGACGGGUUCGGAGGGCACUCGGGGUCGGCUGUGUAACAGCACAGAGACAGGGCCUGGAUCCUGCGACUGGCUGUGCUGCACUAAAGGACAUACGCAGCUAACUCUGGAAUACGAGGAAAACUGUCAGUGUCAGUUCCAGUGGUGCUGCGUUGUCCAGUGUGAGAGAUGCACAGUGAGGGGGGAGGUCAGCGUCUGCCUUUAGACUACUCACUGACUCUGUUCUAUGUAGUCUCAGCCUCUGAUGCGCUGCCCACUGAGACAUACAGUUCAUGCAAUAUUUAUUGUUUGCUAAAGUGGCCACAACUUUCAGGACUGUCAGUUGCUCUCUGAUCGACUUUCUGUGCACUCCUCCAUGCACCAUUUAUUUUUUUUUUUUAGGUAUAACUUUCUUUGAAGGCUGCCUACACAGGGAGUUCAUAACACAUGCAUAAGCAAUGAACAAUGUAUUUAAAAAGCAGUGUAUUUAUGAAAAGCUUACAUUAUUAUUUGCAAAGUGACUUAAGGUGCCUUCUGAAGUACAUUCACAUUGCAUUGACAGAGGUCUUAGAAUUGAAGGGCUCUUAAACUAAUGUUACACACAUUCAUAACACUGUUAUGCAGCAAUGUUUUCAAUGUAACAGAACUGAUGAUACUUCAUAAUGAUGUGGUGGAAUUGCACAAAUGACCAUCGUUUAAGUUUAAAGGCCUUCACAGUACUGUGCAGAAGUCAGGGACCACCCUUUAUUUACUUAAUUUCCACUCAAAACGGCCAAAGUUAUUCAUCCGGAAAAACAUAUUUAACAGAAUAUGCACUUCCAGCACAAAUAUAAUAUACGUUGCUCAGUAUUUAGUGUGUCCAUCCUUCGUACAUACCACAACUUCCAUUCUUUUUCAGAGACUUGCUUUCCAUUUUUUAAAGAAAUCUGCAGUGAAAAAUAUCCCUGCAGAUUUCUGCCUGUCUUACAUUUGGAAGUUGGUUACGUUUUCCAAGUAUGCUUCUUCUUCUUUGUUUAAUUCGUAAAGAAGCUUCUUCUUUUUUGUCUGUUUCCUUUUCCCAGUGCGGUUCUUCUUGACAGCUACA